UCAUGCAGGACCCUACCCCAGAACGCGGCGGUAGCCCCCGCCCCGCUGAGGAGAGGCAGGGGGCGGCGGCGGCGGCGCCGGCGGCGGCGACGACGACGACGAGCGGCGAGGCCUCCUGGCUGCAGAGGGUCUUUGAGGAAGUGCGGGGCUCCUCCCAGCUGAGCGUGGCCCCCGCGGAGCCGCCCCCCGUCACGGUGGUGGCGGUGGAGCGCUACCUGGCCGAGUCGCCGUCGCCUUUGCCGCCGCCGCCGCCGCCCGCCCCUCGGUACUGGUACGACGUGACCCUGGCGGACGGCGCGUGCCAGGAGCGGUGCUACCUGGCGCCGCGCCUCAACGGCCUGGUGCAGCGCGCGCACCUGCGCCCCGGCGCGCGCCUGCGCCUCACCCGCUGCUCUUACCUGUACGACGAGAAGCGCCUCAACUACGGGUUCCUCUGCCUGGAGGAGCUGGAGAGGGUCGGGGGAGCCGGGCCCCCCGUCUCCCCUCCCCGCCCGCCCGCCGCCCCUCCGCGGGAGCCGCCCCUCCGCGGGAAGAAGAAGCACUACCUGCCGCUGUGGAACAACGAGGAUCCCUACGGAGACAUGUGGGUGGCGGACAAGCCCCAGGCGCCGGUGGACGUCGACGUCUCCAAGCUGACUUCUCUUGGUCAGCUGGAAAUGACGUGGAGAAGCAGAGUUCACUUCCAUCCACUUCUUGUGAGAGUCCUGCACAAAUCUAGACUAAGGUACUACGGGAAACCAGAGAAAAAAAUGGAUAUGCCUUAUCAGGCUUACUUUGAAGUUGCUGAUGGUUCAGGCAUGAUGUCCAUGGUUUUGUGGAAUUCAUUAUGUCCUGAAUGGUAUAACAGUGUGAAGGUUGGCACGGUACUGCUCCUUGAACAGUAUGCUAUCAAAACCAGUUAUCCAUUUAAAACACUGCCAACCCCAGGGGAUUCACAGAUGAAGAGAUUUGCUACAAUUGAAAUCAGCCUUAAUGUUCGAGACCCUCCUACUAAAAUAAGUAUUAUUCCAGAAGAAAUGGUUAAGCCAGAGUGGGGAUUACCUGAAGUUAAAUAUCGGUUUAUCACAAGGUCAGAACUCGAUGACUUACCAAACAAUCAUUCCUGUGAUGUUAUUGGUCUUGUGACAUUUGUAGGAAGGGCUGAACGAGCAAGAAAGAGAGAACAUGGUGAAGAUUUCUGGCUCUAUCGUUGGGCACAUGCCAUUGAUGGGACCUCAGACCAACCAUUCAUACUGGAAUUAUUUGCAACUUCUCAGCCAGAUGUGUUUGAGCAUAUUCACCCAAUGACAUAUUUGGUGUGUACACAGAUGAGAGUGGUACGGGACCUCACUGACAAUCCUUCCAGCACAAUUUACCUUACGACUUCAAAUGAAAGUCAAAUAUUCAUUACAGGGUGGCACAAGGGCCAGCCAUACACCAAGGAUACCAAAGUGAAAAACUUCAUUCAGUGGACUAAAACACAAAGCGAAGCAGAUCAAAUGAAGAAAACUGUCAUUGGUGGCUAUUAUCCUUUUCCACGACCUCCAAAUAACUUUUUGAAAUAUUGUAAAAACAAUAAAGUUGAAUCGGUUUUGAAAGCCAUAGGUGAAACGGGGAAAGAGAUUGAAGACUUGCACUACAGAGAACACAAGCGCAUUGCUGUUCAGGGAAUAAUUAGUGCCAUAAGAUACGUAAGCUGUAGCAAUGCAACUGAAGAAGCCUCAGGAGUGGAACUUGUUCAGAAAGAUACUUCUCAGUCUCUUGAAAGUUCUGCUGUGUCCAAAGAAGACUGUGGUCACAAGGGAAAAAACACCAACCUUCAAAAUAAAGAAGUUAAGUCUUUUCUGGGGCAACAUUGCACUCCUGGGGAACAACAUCAACACCCAACUCUACUGCCAAAAAAGAGUUCAGUCAAGAGAAAGAUACCGUGCAGAUUAAAUACAGAUGCAGAACAGGGAAGUGCAUCUGUUAUUCCUGUAUCAUCUUACCCCUAUUUCACACGGUCUGCAAGAAGAAAAUGUGGCUUGGAUGAAUGUCAACAUGAAGAUUCUGUGCAAGAUAAAAAUGAACAGGCUGUAUCAGAUGGUUUACAGUGCUGCACAGACCAAGAAGGAAUGAGUGAUGUACCUGAAACUGAAGAGACUGGAAGAACUUAUGAUUCAUGGCAGAGUGACCUGUGGGCACAAGUAAAAGACAAGUUAAUGAAAUAUUUGCAUCACAGCGCAAUUUUCCCGGAAAGCAUCCCACGUAAAUUUGAUUAUGUGCACAAAGACUUACUUAUGCAACAGUACAACCUUCAUGCAGCAGUGCACCAGCCAAAAGAAACCAGAACAGAUAAAAAUAUCGAUGAGUUUAAAAGUGCUAGUGGCCUUGGGUAUUAUGAAGUGACGGUUCUGGGUAUAAACCAUGACGUAGCAAUAGAUGUUGCAUUUCUUCCACUGUUUUGUCCUGAAGUUCCCCACUUAUUUCAACUAGAAGACAUUCAAAAUGAUAGAUUAUUGUCUUGUAUGAGUUGCAUCUCUGCAUGUCAGCAGAAGGCCACUAGCAAUGGAAGGCUUUGUGACAUGUUUCCGCUUUCGAAUGAAAUUGUAGAAGCAGCGAUGGAUCUAGAUGGCAAACAUGUUGUCUGCGUCUUGGACAUCUGUCACUUGGGUGAUGAUAAGGUGGAAGUCUUUCUGAGCAAAAUCUACAAGACAAUGGAACCUGGUGUGCUGGAUCCAGUGUAAUUUAAUAACUUAUUUUUCAAAUUUUUAUUGUUCGAAAGGAGGGAAAUAAAAUUGCUGUAACUUGAAUACACCCUCUACACAUUGCACUUUUCUAGAACUGGUAAACACAAACAUAAAAUUAUGAUUCUUAGAGCAAUUGUAAUGGUCAUCCAUGUAACUGAGAAGGACAAUUUUUGCCUUUAUUUUUCGGCAGUCUUGAAACAGAUUACACAAUGUCUUGGUUACCUAUGUUCAAGAAGGAUGAAUAGACAAUACGGUGAGCUUAUCUUUUGAUAGGAUACCAAGGAGUAUGAUUGUCAUCUCUCUGCCUGUGCAUAUACAUACACAGGAAAUGUAUACAUCAGGGUGAGAACUGAGAAGAGAGGCAGGCUUUCCCAAUAUUAAAGGCAGUGUUUGCAAAAGCAUUAACUGGCUGUGAUAUAAAUUUAGGCUGGAAAUUAGAAUAAUUUUAAGGAUUAGAGCUAUUAUGUCCCAUAGUGAUCUUUUAUUGGGAGGUACUAGGGGCAGCCUAACUUCAGCCUAACAGGCUUGAAGCUUACUGUGUUUGUGAAAGGGAUUAAAUAUCACGGUGCCUUUAGUAUCCGGGACUGGUCUCAGUGGCCCAAGAAGCCACUUUCAGUUCUUUUUACCUGAGGAAGGUCAAAUGCUGUGUUUUUAUAUGUCUGCUUUUGUAUAUACAGCGCCAGGUAGUGAGUGCAGCACCCAAAAGUUUUUAACAUAUUUUAUUUAUUAAUAAAAAAAAUAAUGAAAUCUUUUAAAAAAGAAACUUUAUUAGUGGAACUUGCUUCUAGCUUGUCAAGAGAAAAACUGUCUUUAAGGAGUGCUUAGCAUGGCAGGAUACACAGUUUCUCACACCAUUAGGUUUUUUCCUACUGAUCACCACAAUCCUUUUUCUUGUUAGUAAUAGCUGUAUUCUGAGUACAUGAAGGAGCUCAGCAGCUGUGAGAAGCUGCUACUUCUGCAAGAGCAAGAAACUAUAAAAUUCUGUCAACUUUUUGCCUAUGUACUAAGUAGCAGCUGGCUCCUGCUGAGUUCAGAACCAAGUCCCACUUUUUCCUCCCAUGACAAACAGCCUCAAAUAAUUUAUACAACCAGAUCCUUAGGAAAUUAUUCUCAAGCAGGAGCUGAAACACAUUGCUGUUUGACAACUUGUCCAUGUGAAAUGCUGGUCUCAGUUCAAUUCUUUGAGAAGUAAUGAUUGCAUUAUGGAAGCUUGCCAAUUAAAUUGUACCAUUAUUAACGAAAGCCCACAGAGUUAAUUUAUAGGAACAAAUUUAUUCUUUUGUGGAAAACUUCUAGGCACAUUUUAGCAGCCUGUUGGUAAUUCAGGAGUAUCUCUUUCAACUAGUAGCUCGCUCAUCUGCCCUGGGGACAGUGGACUUUGUCUUCAAGUACUUAAAUUCUGUACCUCAACUUCAGUUAAUGGUAACAGAAGAAGAAACGUAAUUGUCUUUAUUAUAGUACAAGUUCAUAGGCAACUUCAGAUGAAAAGUAAAAGCCUUAACAUUGAAAUUAUUCUGUCUCUCUAGUGUGGUUUACAGUUUUAAAAUGUAUUAAUGAGAAAAGUUUAACUUAAAUUGUACAGGGACUAAAAGCUAAUUAAAUGUGACUAUGUAUUGUAUGUUUAUAUUUUGUAUGGUUCAUAUAGUGUUAGUUCUAGAGCAAUGUUUGUCAACCCAUGCCUUUCAGGGUACAUUGUAACCUUGCCACUGAAGGCAAAAUGAAAACAUACCAACCCGAGAAGAGCACGGUGUUGGUUGCAAUAUGUUAUUUGUGUAAUUUUGUUGCUUAUGGGUAUGUGAAGAUUAGAGGUCAUUGCUCUAGACUGAGAGAGAUUAGCACCAGCACUUCGUGUACCAAACUGAGCCAUGCUGACUGUGUCAGCCAGUAUUUUUUAUUUAGAUAUACUUCAGGUCGAAGUCUAAUUUUAAUGAAACCGUUAUUUCUAGACAUAAUUUUUAAAGUAAUUAUCUUUGUAUGAAAGGACUGGUGUGGCUAACGCUGACAGAGCCACUCUAUUCGGUUGUUCUAGCCACUCCAUCCAUCCCUUGCAACAGAAAUGCAGCAAAGGCUGUUUGCCACAUUGCACUGCUUACUAUGCUUUAAACAUGUAGCAUUAAUCAUUUCAUCCUCCAUGUUAGGAAUUCCUAACUCUAAAAGAAAUAUCAGAAUGGUGUGGAAUAUGUGUAAUAUGAUCUUGAGACUUUAAGGUAUAUAAUUUUAUUUUACAGAAGUGUUGUUUGAAAUUUUUCAUGGCAAAAGCAGGAAGGAGAGAUAUUUACUCCUGCAGAAUGAAGUGCCAAUGUUAGAAGUACAGGCUCUCUGUGUGUAGCUAGAGAAUAUUCAAUGCCUGUAGUAGAUCUGGAGUUUCAGUACUCGGGGUCAUUCUGUAGAGGCACUUACCCCACCCCUGUAAGUUAACACUGAACUUAAUAUGCCAACUUCAGUUUCUGAAGUGUUGCAGUGUUAAUAUAUGGUUCCACCACUCCUCCACUUCCUCCCUGCCAAACCAGCACUGUAGCACUGGGCAAAGGUCCUCUCUGCAAAGAAACUACCUGCUGGUUUGUUUUACUUGGUGUUUAUUGACGGAAGUAUAAAACCAAACUAUUUUUGAUCCCGAGUCUGUCAAAACAUGUUAAUUUUGCUGUGUUAAACCAAGAUAGAGAAUCUUUAUUCCUGCAAAAUGUCAUAGGAAUCAUCUUUCUUGCUGCUGUGUAUUGCUACUGCUGAGGGUAAAAUACUAUCAGAGCACAUUCCCUAACUGUAGAAUUCAUACCCAACUCUAAAAUCUUAACAUUUGCAUGUUUUUUAUGUUUCCAGCAUUAAUUUCAAAGAAAACCGGGGAAGGUAUACUGUAUGUAGCUAAUGGUACUUUUGAGUAUAUAAAACUUGCUAAAUCAUAGAUCUUAGAGUUAAGAUCAGUUUUGAAUUAAUGUGAUGUAGAAUUAGUGCAACACUGAA